AUGAAUCGCGCAAUCGUCUAUACGAAUCCGGGGACAAUAGAGACCGAGGUCAUUGAAAAGCCCAUCGAGGAGCCUGCACCAGGGGAGGUGCUUCUUCGUCUACAUUACUCUGGCGUCUGCCAUACUGACUACGGCAUCUGCACCAAUGUCUUUGCAACAUUGCCUCCUACUCCCAAGGGUCAGAUCGGAGGACAUGAAGGUGUUGGGGAAGUCAUCAAACUCGGACCAGGCACCACUUCUCUGAAGCUCGGCGACCUGGUGGGCGUGAAGUGGUCAGCAAGCGCCUGCCUCAGCUGCGGUAACUGCCUCGAAGGCGGCGAGACGACCUGCCCCGCAGGCACAAUCUCCGGGUUCAUGACGCCGGGGACCUUCCAGCAGUACUGCCUCGCGCCGGCAAACUACGUGACGCCGAUCCCGCGGUCCCUGGACCCGGCUGGCGCCGCGGCGCUCAUGUGCGGCGGCAUCACGGUGUACACGGCCCUCAAGCGUGCCGAGGUCAAGCACGGGCAGUGGGUCGUCGUGCUCGGCGCGGGCGGCGGGCUGGGCCACCUGGCGAUCCAGUACGCGGUGGCGCUCGGGACCCGUGUCGUCGCGCUGGAUGUCGGGGCCAAGGAGGAGUUCUGCCUGGGCCUGGGGGCGCGGGCGUUUGUGGAUUUCACAAAGUUCGCGGGGGAGGAGGACGGUGGUGAGCAGCUGGCGGCGCGGGUGAAGGAACUGACGGGCGGUGCUGGUGCCAAGGUUGUCCUGGCUUGUAGCUCGAGCAAUAAGUCCUAUGCGCAGGCUGUGGGCUUGCUCGGGUUCCGGGGGACGCUGGUGUGUAUUGGUGUGCCAGAAGGUGGUCCUGAACCGAUCGGAGGGGCGAAUGCCGGUGAUAUGAUCACAAGGGAGCUCAAGAUCUUUGCCUUGAAGUCUGGCAACAGGGCCGAUGCGAAGGAGUGCUUGGAUAUCGCAACUGCUGCCGGCAUCAAGACCCGCUACGAGUUGCGGCCAAUAGACAGUUUGACCCAGGUUUUCAAAGACAUGGAAGAAGGCAAGAUCAAUGGCAGGGUGGUUUUGGAUUUGAGGUGA